AUGCUCUCCCGUCAAGUCGAGAGGGUGGAACAGGGCGGCGGCAUCCAGUUUUUGGCUAUUAGCCCCAAGAAGAGUGACGGGAUUAACGAAGACACCUUCCUUUUUCUGCAGAACACUCUGAGGCCCGUGGGAGGGCGUCAAAGACUUCAGAUGGGCAACGCCCGUUUUGAAGGCAGUCCGGACUGGCAGUCCCAUUACUCGUGGGGAUUUUGCUGUGAAGAGCCGGCAGAGGGACGCUUCAGCAUGCAUGAACGCCCCAACCAUGGCGGGCGUCCAAAACCAUGCGAUGUUUGUCACAAGGGAGUGCUGAGCACUCGGAACAUCUCGGAACUCGUCGGCUAA